CGUUGAGUCUGCGGUGCGAGCAUGUCGGCUGCAGAAGGAGACCAACCACAGUCGGAGACGCCCUCAGCUCCUGACGGAGACGUGGCACGGGAACCUGGGGAGGCGGAGGCGCAGGCCACCGAGCAUGAGACGUCUCUAGAGGCUCCUGAGGUCGAGCCCGCUCCCGGACCUGCAGGCAACCAACCGGAGCUCGCUCCUGAGCAGCGAACACUAGACGCUGCCGCAGAAGAAGCGCCCGCCGAGCUUACGCAAGAUAAGACCGCCUCUGAUCCCAGAGAAGAGAACAUACCGACCGAAUCCGCUGAAGAGCCCAAGCAAGAUGAGCCGUCGGUGGAACUCAAGGAAGAGCUCAAGCAAGACGAAGCGCCAGCUGAAAGUAAGGACGAAGUCAAGGAAGAGAUGGCACCAGCUGAGGUCCCGGCAGAACCCCCACUGGGCGAAUCGCCAGCUAAACCAGAGGAAGGAACCGAACACAAGGAGUUGCCUGCUGAAAUAAAGGCAGAAGAAACCAAGCAAGGGGAGAGAUCGUCUGAUCAUAAAGAAGACGAGGCGGAGCCAACAGAAGGCCAGGCCGCUUCAGGGUCCAAGCGGGAGGACUCGGGUGGAGUAGCUCCAGAUGCACCAGGGCUGGCGUCUUCCGCAGCCUCCGAACUAGCCGCUUCAGAUCAGGCUCCCACUGGUGCCCGAUCGUCAGUUACGUCAACAGCAUCAACCAGCAAGAAAGGCAGUACGUCCAGUGCGACAGCGACGCCGAAGAAGAGCCGUAGUGGCGGCUCAGGCUCGGCCGCUCUGGCCGGGUCGCCCAGUUCCGGCAGCGUUAAGAAGAGUUCGAGUGGGCCCACUUCCAAGUCGGGCGGCCACGCAAGUGUGGGAAAGCCGCCCAGUGGGUCCAAUGUGAAGUCAGUUGUGUCGAGUGAUGCCAGUGUGAAGAAGGCGAUGUCUGCCGCGGGCCAGGACACAGACCUCGGCUCCAGUAAUGCUGCGACACCGAAGAAAGUGUCCGCUGCUGGGAGCCAGGAGGAAGCAUCCAAGCCGGGUAGCAAGGCCAGCGUGAAAAAGUCUGGCUCUGUCAGUCAAGAAGACACUGCCAAAGCGGACAGCGUGGCCAGCACCAAGACGACGGGCAGCCAGAAUCAGGUGAAAAGCGCGGGCAGCAGAGUGAGCGAGAAGAAGCCGCCGAGCGGUGUGGGGAGCAGGGCCAGCGUAAAGAAGGCUCCCAGUAAGGCGGAGGGCGACGUUCCCCAGAACGCAGCUAGCAAAGCUGCCGUGAAGACGACUGCCAGCGGUGCUGCAGGUUCCCAGGUGUCGGCGAGCGGCAGCCGGACGUCCCGCCGCAGCCGAGCCUCGCUCCGCUCGGUCCCACAGGAGGCGGUGUGGGUGCCCCCCGAGUACGACACACAACAGUUCGUGUCGGGGCCCAGUCUGUCGGAGAACUGCGCCCUCAACGAGGACGCGCUCAUCUUCGUGUAUCCUUACGCAGCUCACUCGUUCGGCUACGACUGCCUGAAGGCGGACAACCUGUGCAUGCUGAAUCCCACUACGGCCAUGUUCGUGUCUGGCAAUAUGGUCCACUUCCUCGACCUGGAGACGAAGGCCAUCACUUACAUGCGCAGCUCCACCGGCGGAGGCAUCGGCCACGCUACGGUCCACCCGAGCUACAAGUACAUGGCUGUAGCCGAGAAGGGAGACAAGCCAAACGUUCUGGUCUACCUCCUGCCCGAGCGCACCGUGUAUCGAGUGCUGCGUGACGGUACCGAGCGCGAGUACGCCUACGUAGCAUUCAGCGCGAACGGUGAGCUGCUGUGCUCACAAGGCGGCGAGCCGGACUUCAUGCUGACCGUGUGGAAUUGGGAGACUGAGAGCACCCUACUCCGCUGCAAGGCCUUUUCGCAGGACAUCUACAAGGUCACGUUCUCGCCGUUCCACCCGGGUCAGCUCACCUCGGCAGGACUGGGCCACAUCAAGUUCUGGAAGAUGGCCCGGACCUUCACCGGCCUAAAGCUGCAGGGACGGCUGGGCAGGUUUGGCAAGACCGAGAUCUCCGACAUCAACGGCUUCCUCCAGUUGCCCGACGGAAAGGUGGUGUCUGGUUGUGAAUGGGGCAACAUUCUCGUGUGGGACGAUGCCUUGAUCAAGGUAGAGAUAACGAGGAGAGACAACAAGCCUUGUCAUAACGGAACCAUCCACAAGUUUUACCUUGAAGAAGGAGAAUUGAUAACACUAGGCAGUGAUGGCUGGGUGCGCACAUGGGACUUUGACACGGUGGACCAAGCAGAGGCGCCGGAGGAGAUGGCUGGCAAGUUUGCACUCGAUCCGAUGAACGAGCUGCGCUUCUCCCCUCACAGCAGCCUCUUCUCCAUGUGGCCGCACCCCGACCCAGAGAUGGAGAGCAUCUGGUUCAUGCAGGACGCGUGUGGCGGCAUCUGGCGGGCCGACCUGAGCUUUUCGAUGACGAGCAAGGGUCCGGAGCGGCUGUACGAGUGUCCGGCCGGGCCCGCCCGGGCGCUGGCCACCUGUCCCGUCGGCACGCUCAUGGCCGUCACUGGUGACGACGGCCACGUCAGCGUCUUUAACUACCGGACUCGGGACCUGCUGGCCCGCAACCGCCACCCAGCCGGGGGUAACUCACUCAUCUGGCUCACACAGGAGGUGUGCAAACAAACCUGCAUGAUACUGGGUGGCUUUGCCGACGGCUGCAUCCGGCUGCUAGAGCUGCAUGCCGGCACCAAAAAGGGCAGCUACGGCAUGAGUCUGAUGUUCGUCCAGAAGCCCCACACGGCCGCCAUCACCGUCAUCAAGCAGAGUCCCUCAGGUCGGAUGCUGGUGACUGCCUCGGACGACGGCACCGUCUGGUUCUUCUCGCUGCUGAUGGAGGAGGAGAAGUUUGUGGUGGCGCCGCUCGGGUUCUCCCGGUACGGCGAGCCGGGCGAGACAGUCACGUGCCUGGAGUUCGUGCCCGGCAGCGAGAAGAAGUUCACGCUGUUCACGGGCCGUGGUCGGGUGGUUGAGAUGCGAACGCCGGGGGUGAAGGACCUCACCGACCACUCCACCUACGGCAUCAAGGGCGUGCGCGGCCGCAGCUGGAUCUUCAAGACGGUGAAAUCGGAGAUCCUGCAGGAGGAAGCGCGUAUCGCCCGCGAGGAGGAGAAACAAAAACAGCGGACAGCGCUGCAGGAGGACAUCGACGAGCGCAAGAAGGUCGGCGUCGAGGUGGAAGAGGAGGUGGAGAAAGACAAGCUGGAGAAGCGGCUGGCGGCGGAGGACCGCGACAUCCCGGAGAUCCCGCUGGUGGUGCCGGAGCCGCCCUUCACGCUGCUGAUGGAUGGCUGGGACGCUGGCUGGGUGCACUCGGCCGCUUUCCGCGAGGCUCGCCCCUCGGCCGUGCGCGUUCCCGGCGCCUCGGACGUCGGCGUCAGCGUACGCCGCUUCAGCCCCGACGGUCAGUACCUGCUGCUGGGCCUCUGCGACGGCCGGAUUCGGGUGCACGCGGUGCAGCCGGACAAUCCCUGGUACCUGGACGACUACUGGGUGCUCUCCAUGCACGAUAACACGUACGGCAGGAUCACCGAUAUCCAGUUUACCUACGACCAGAGGAACGUCAUCACAUGCGGGGCGGACGGCAACGUGUUCCUGUUCGACUUCAAUCCGCCGGAGGGCAUGGCGCGGCCCCGCUCGUCCAGGAUCGCCCUGGUCGGCCCGCCGGAGGAGCGGGUGGACGAAAUCGACGACCCGCAGUCGUACAGUCUGGAGGAGCAGCGGCAGCGAUCGGCGCGUGAUGCCCGGCUGCAGCUGGCUGAGCAGCGUAAGGCGGCCGUCAAGACCGAGCUGGCCGAGCUGCGGCGCGACUUCAAGCAGUGGAUCGUCCAGAAUCAGGCUCUGCCGAAAGAGGUAGCCCUCAGCCAUGAAGACCUGCUGCUGGACGAACGGAUCAGGGCAGAGCAGCAACGCAGAGCUGAGGAGAACCUCGAGACGGCUCGGAAGGAGAUGGAAUGGGAAGCUGAUAAGUACCGUUUGGGGCGCAAGAAGUUGUUUGACAGGUUCAAGAGCACCGUGGACUACGACAGGGUGGUUGUGCGAGGUUUCAAGAACUGCCGCGAGGUGUGGACGUUCCGCGUCAAGACGCUGUCCGAGAGCUUCCUGGAGGCGCGCGACCAGAGCGACUCGGCCGUCAGCCAGCUGGACGUGGUGUCCGUCUCCAGGACCGGGUCGAGCGCGGUCCCCUCCCGCUCCCGGAUAGCGGUCCCGGCCGACCCGGACGCCAAUCGGUUUGAGCAGAUGUCGGUCAGUGCGCGCCGCCAGACGCGCAAGAGCGUCGGCAUCCGGGCCUACCGCGCCCUCCUGCGGCUCGAGGAGAAGAAGACCAGGCGGCGGCGCCGCAGAACACAGUGGGCUAACAUGAUGGCCCGUCGGCCCGACCAAAACCGCGACGACCCGACCGACCUGGCCGCCAUCCAGACUGCGCUCGACAGCCUGGGCGACUUCAAGCUGAAAACGGCCGCUGACUUCAAGGUAGUCGACUCGCGCCAGAACACGGCUCGCCUCAAGCGGCACCAGCUCAUCUCCGUCAAGGAAGAGAUUCGCAAGCACAAGACGGAGUUCAACAGCCGCGUGCUGGAGCUGCGCCGCCGGAAGAAGGAGGUGCUGCGCGAAAUUUGCGCAUCACUCACCAGGGCCGGGGAGCUGCAGAAGAAGCUGCCGCCCUCGCAGCACGUCAAGCUGCCGGAGCAGCCGAGUCUGGCCGAUGACGAGUCGCCCGAGGCCAUCUACCAGAUCUCGGAGGAGGCGCUGGCUGAGUACCGCAAGGCGGCGAUGGAGGUGGGCGCGCACCGCGCCCGCCCGGUCGUGCAGCGGUCCGACACCGACCAGACGCUCACCAAAGUCGCCGAGAUGCGGACGGCGUUCGCGCGCGACCAGGAGCUGCGCAAGAUGAGCGAGCUGAUUGAAGAGUUUGACGAGUGUGUGUACGAAGUGUGGAAGGAAAUGGUGCGCAUCGAGUACGAGCUGAAAAACGCCGACCUCCGUCUCAUCACCAGGUUCCGUGAGCUGGUGCUGGUGCGCGAGUUCGAAAAGCAAGAGGCAUUGCUAAACCGCGUACUCCAGGAAAAGAUGCAGGAGGACACGGAGGCACAGAUGGCGCUGGCCGAGGUGACCCAGCGCUUCGAGGCGCGUACACGGGAACAAGAGGAGCUGGAGCAGGGGAUCGUCGCACUGGCUAAGGAGGUCACCAACAACAUACCCGGCGACAAGUAUGCCAAGUUUCUGCUCCGGGUGUACAAGAGGAAAAUAAAACGCAAAUCUGACACCAAAAAAGAUGACGACUCGGACGACAGCGACUCGUCCUCUUCCCUGUCCGACUCGGACGACGACUCGGACUCGGACGAUGAGGAUGAGGACGAGGAGGACGCCAUCCAGGAAACCUGGGACCUCAGCGUGUGCCCACCCGGCUGCGACCAGCAGCUCUACGACUGGGUCGCCCAAACGCGGCUUAAAAGGUAA